GGGAAGUGUAGUCCGCCGGCCACGCCGGUCCCGCUCCGCGAUGGCGGCGGCGCGGCGGCUGCUCUCGCUGCUGCUGCCGCUGGCCUGGGCCCGGCCCGCCGGCUGCACCGACCCGCCAGGCGGCGGCUGGCUGGCGGGUACGGUGCCGGAGGAGGAGCGGUGCACCGUGGAGCGGGCCGACGCCUCGCUCACCUACUCCCUCUUCCUGCAGCGGUUCGCCUUCUCCCGGCCGGUCAUCCUCCGUGGGGUCACGGACAACUCGGCGUUCCGUGCCCUCUGCACCCGGGAGAAGCUGCUGGCGGCCUUCGGGGCCCUCCCGGUGCGGCUCAGCACGGCCAACACCUACUCCUACCGCAAAGUGGACGUGCCCUUCCAGGAGUACGUGGAGCAGCUGCUGAAGCCGCAGGAUCCCGCCCGGCUGGGCAGCGACACCCUCUACUUCUUUGGGGACAACAACUUCACCGAGUGGGGGCCCCUCUUCCAGCACUACGUGCCCCCCUCCUUCCGCAUCCCGGGCACCAGCCCUGCCUACAGCUUUGGGAUUGCAGGCUCUGGCUCUGGGGUUCCCUUUCACUGGCACGGCCCCGGUUACUCCGAGGUGAUCUUUGGCAGGAAGCGCUGGUUUCUCUACCCGCCGGAUAAAACACCCCACUUCCACCCCAACGAGACGACGCUGGCCUGGCUCCAGCACACCUACCCCACGCUGCCACCGGCCGAGCGGCCGCUGGAGUGCACCCUCCGCCCCGGGGAGGUCCUGUAUUUCCCCGACCGCUGGUGGCACGCCACGCUCAACCUGGACACCAGCGUCUUCAUCUCUACCUUCCUGGGGUAGAGCUGGGAACGCCGAGGACGUGCCACCACCAUCCUGGUGACGGCGUGGAAGGGCAGCGCCAGCAGCCGCCCGCUCAACUACUGGUGUGGGGACCGAGUGCUUGAAGAAGUUCUGGUUUUUAUUGUUCUUCUCCCUCCCCCUUGGAUUAAAGUUGUUGCUCUGCCGUA